AAAUAUGAUAAAAGCAAAAAAGGAGAAUCCUUCGGCGGCGUUUUAUUUUGGAAGCCGUCACCGGAAGUGCCGGUCGCGGUGUUUCCGGUCGGUGUCACCGGAGCGGCGCGCGGACAGCAGCCGUUUAUUUAACAAUAAAAACAACAACAACAACAAUUAACGGCUCGAUAGUUUGUUUAUGGAGAUGCAGCGUCACCGGAAGCAGCGGGGGGCGGGGCCUGCACCGGAAACGAAGCUGCGAGCAGAAGUUUUACCUCCAGAUGUUCGAAAAGUGGUCGUCGGUGAGGACGAGCAGCAGGAGUGGAGCUGCAGUCUGGAGCAGGAGCAGCAACAUGACCAGGACCAGGAGGAGCCAGAGCCCCCACACAUUAAAGAGGAGCAGGAGGAGGUGUGGAGCAGUCAGGAGGGGGAGCAGCUUGAAGGUCUGGAGGAGGCUGAUAUCACCAAGUUCUCCUUCACUCGUGUCCCUGUGAAGAGUGAAGAUGAAGAAGAGAAACCUCAGUCCUCACAGCUUCAUCACACACAGACUGAACACAUGGAAACAGAAGCUGCUGGAGAGGACUGUGGAGGACCAGGACCACUCAGGACCGACUGUGGAGGACCAGGACCUCUCAGGACCGACUGUGGAGGACCAGGACCUCUCAGGACCGACUGUGGAGGACCAGGACCACUCGGGACCGACUGUGGAGGACCAGGACCACUCGGGACCGACUGUGGAGGACCAGGACCACUCGGGACCGAUGAUCCGUACCUAGGGCCCGUCAGCGAGGACUCCGAGGAGACGGAGGUCAGCGACGGUGACUGGGAGGAGCCCAGAGAGCCUCCGUCUCAGCCUGAUGACGUCAUCAGCUGCAGCUCCGUGGAGCGCUCCUUCAGCUGCUCUGAAUGCGGUCAGAGAUUCGGACGGAAGCCGCACCUGGACGCACACAUGCGGAUCCACACGGGAGAGAAACCAUUUGGCUGCUCUUUCUGCGGGAAAAGGUUUUCGCAGAAGGGAAACUCGAUUAGUCACAUGAGACUUCACACUGGAGAGAAACCCUUCAGCUGCUCCGUCUGCAACAAGACGUUCAGGUACAGCGGAGACGUCAGCAGACACAUGAGGAUCCACACAGGAAAGAAGAAACACAACCGCAGCGUCAGAGACGUUCCUACAGGACCAGAACCGCCAACAAACUCAGACCCCCAAAGUUCAUUAAAACCAGAAACUAACGAGAAACCUUCAGAGCUGAAGACUGAAGUCAGAGACGCUCAGCUGAACGGCGACAGGGAGUCGUUCGGCUGCUCCGAGUGCUCCAGAACGUUCUGUCGCCGGGACCAUCUGAUGAGCCACAUGAGGACGCACACGGGAGAGAAACCGUUCAGCUGCUCCGUGUGUCAGAAGCGCUUCAGCUGCAGCGGGAACAUUCUGGCUCACAUGAGGAUUCACACUGGAGAGAAACCGUUCAAAUGCUCGUUUUGUGCCAAAAGUUUUAGCCAGAAAGGAACUCUGCAGCUGCACAUGAGGAUCCACACGGGAGAGAAACCGUUCAGCUGCCCCUUCUGCGAAAAAAGGUUUGCACACAAGAGACGCAUGACGCUGCACAUGUCGGUGCACACGGAGGAGAAACGCUUCAGCUGCGGCGCCUGCGACCGCCGCUUCACCUGGUACACACAGCUGAAAACACACAAGUGUGUCGGUGAGUCGUCGCAGCGCCGCCCGGCGGAGAAAAAGGUUCCUGCCAAAGAGUCGUACAGCUGCAGCGAGUGCAGUAAAACAUUCAGCCUGAAGGGAAAUCUGAAGACACACAUGAGGAUUCACACGGGAGAGAAACCGUUCAGCUGCUCCGUCUGCGGGAAAAGUUUCAAACAAAACGUUCAUCUAACGGAGCACAUGACCAUCCACACCGGAGAGAAACUCUAUAAAUGCAGCGUCUGCGGGAAAGGGUUCAACAAGAAGUCACUCAUCAAAAACCAUCCGUGUGUUUAAACACAGUGGCUGGAAGUUUAAAUAUUUUACUGUGGAAACUGUUUGAACAUUUGUCAAGAAAAUAUUAAAUGUGAAUAAAGAUAAAACAAUCUCUGUAAAUUAAUCAAUAAACUAAAAACUGAUAAUAAAGUU